AUGGCAUCCGCGGCGUCCGGAUCUAGUCUUUUCAAAGCUAUAGCACCUUUUGCGGCGUUAUUAAAGUCUGCUCCGCAUCGUGAUGCAACGCACAUUCCGUACGCCCAGUGGUUGUCGUUGUAUGUGGAUUCACUUGGUAAGGCUCCCCACACUGCGGCGAUUGCUGAUGCUAAAAGAGCCGAAAAGUCCCUUUUUAUACAACAAGUACACGAUAUUGUGGAUUCGAUGUUACUAAGCAGUCUACUGGCUUCGCGGUGGAACCAGGUCCUCGUACCUAGCAACCCAAACGAGCUCCAGAGCAUGAUCUCAAUCGAGCGAGGUAAUAGUGAAAAAUCGGAAAAGGAAAAAGGUGGUGCGCAGAUGGAAGCGACUCGCUCGGAUUUGUGGUAUUUAAACCCGCGCGACGAUCCCACGGAGUCAUUGUCCGCUGCCGAUUGGUGUUAUGAGGUUGAGGGUGGGAAAAACAAUAUGCUCGAGGUGUUCACACCGAAAUUUAUGACGGAGCCGCUCUUAGGAGGGAGUUGUUUAACUCACUGGACGGCGGAGCUUCGACGCCAGGGUGAGUUGCUUCGCACCUUUAAAGAGGAUCGAUCUGAGCUCGUUGGGAAGGGGGUGGGUAAAGCGACGCCUACUAGCAGCGAUCGGACCGUUCAUCUAACGAUCCCCUUUUCUUGCCUUUGGCAGAUCAAACACGAGGCGCACCUCCGCCCUAGCGCCUCGGCAACUGCCACUUCGCUGCAGGAGCGUUGUGCGCGGCAAUCCCUCCUCCAAGGCAUCCACCACGCCUUUCAGCUCCAGGCCGAUCUCAAACGCCUCACGACGCCCCCCUCCGCGCCGGCUCCGCUCAUCAAACUUCACCUCUCCAGGCCAACGGAGGAGUUUGAGAUGCUUUGUCAGCUUCCGCGCGUUCGCGAGGUACUGCUAACCCUCAGAGGGGCGGAUCCUAAUCCUACAACGGAGGUGGACGCGGCGAUACGAAGGAAUCUUUCCCUCGCCGCGCUGUGCGAGCGCACCCCAAUUCGCCUCGCGUAUUUGCUGCGCUACAGCCUCUACCGAGCGUACAUCCGGCGUCGAAACGCGGCGAAGGCGAACGGGGAAACGGAAACAGAGGAAACAAGUGAGGGGUUCCCCAGCGCCUUGGUGAUGAUCUCGCACCCGAGCGAGCAACGCCUCUUUCGCUCGUUAGGGGUUCCCACGCUAAGCCACGCCUCCGCGAGCACCGCGCGAAACCAAAAGAACUCCGUCUCUAUUCACAAAAAGGCGAUGCUGGAAUGUGGAGAAAUGGUUCGCCGGAUGACGACACGCGAGGAGAAUUUAAGGCAAUCCGGCCUGAAAAGGUAA